AUGGAUGCCAACAUGAGUGAGUAUGAACAACCCUCACUGCCCUCAAACAUGAGGAAGAGAAAGCGCUCAGCCGGGCGUGAAACCUGGCGGGCGAGGAAGAAGCGCAAGCCAGCCCUCCGUGACCUUCGCAAGCUGCUGGUCACCUACCACGGCUUGCAGCAGAUGCAGCGGGAGUUGAACGAGCAACUCGCCGUCUGCGAACGCCAAAUUGCCAAAUACAAAUUUGGCAGUGCCCAGGGAAGCCCUCGCCGUCGCCGUCGCCGCGGACGUCCGUACGUCUUCCCACACGUACGGUCUCCGCUGUGUGAAUUGGUGAUGGUCGAGGAAGAGCCAAGGCUGGAGGAGGAGCCAAGGCUGGAGGAGGAGCCAAGGCUGGAGGAACCAAGGGUAGAGGAGGAGCUACCCACGUUCUGGGGGCGUGUGGGAGAAUGGUUGUGGAGAUGGUGGUGA